UCUCUCGUUACUUAAAGAGAACUGCCUCUCCUCAAUGAGCACAUUGACCAAGCAACAGCAGAUUGAUAAAUGCUACCACUUUCUGCCUUUUCACUCUCUCUUCAUAUCUUAGUAAUUACCCUUUUUGGUUCAAACUGAAAAAGUUCGUCUCUUUCUGGCAAAAAGAUAUUUCCAGUUACAUGAACUUCUGAUUUUGAGGUGGGUUUUGAUACUUCUUGCUUGAAAAUGGAAAUUGGAUGUCAGCUUGAAGUAGAUGUCAAUGGCGAUGAGAUUUUCGUGAUGGAUAAGAAAGUUCUUGCACAUUUCUCAGGAAAAUUGAGAAAAUUAUUUGGGAAAUUGGCUGAUAAUGACAACACAGCACACAUGAAAGUGAUAUUCCAAGACUUUCCAGGAGGUGCAGAUGGUUUUGAGCUAGUUGCAAGGUUUUGCUACAACAAUGGCAAAAUUGAGAUAACUCCCUCUAAUAUAGUUCUACUAAAUUCUACUGCUUAUUUCAUGGAAAUGGGAAAUAAUAGUAGUAGCUCAGCAACACUCAACUUAAUAGACCAAACGGAAAAAUCUCUUGAAGAGAUUAAUUACUGGACUUGGUCUGACCUCCUUGUAGCUUUCAAACAAUGCCAAGAAAUAUUUCCUGCAACAAAUUCGUCAAUUCUACUUGAGAAAUUAUUGAACUCCAUUGUCGGAAAGCUUGCUAUGUCUACUGCAAGUCCAUUUAGAUUUUGCUCAGAGAAUUUUAGUUCCCAGCUUUCCUCUGAUGCAAGCAGCAUUUCUAGUACAAGAAACGACUGCUAUCUACCCACUUGUUGGUUUCAAGAUCUUUUGUUCUUGAAUUUCAACUUUCUCGACAAAGUGAUCAGGAUGAUGAUAUCCCUUAAAUUAAACCAUGUUAUCAUUUUUAAGUUUCUCAUCUUUUACAUGAAAUCAAGACUUCUUAGUAUUGGACUUGAUGAGAAGCGCCAAAUGGUAGAAGCUGUAAUAAGUAUGCUUUCAUUACUCGAUAAGAAUUGUCUUUCUUGCAAGGGCUUAUUUGAUAUUCUUCGAGUCAUCUCAAGCUUGAAAACAAUAAGAAAAUGCUACAAAGUCAAGUUAGAGAGAUUAAUAGGUUCACAGCUUGAUCAAGUAACUUUGGAUCAUCUGCUAAUUCGACCUCCCAAUAGGAAAAUUUAUACCAUGUACGAUGUGAAUUUGGUUUUAAGGCUUGCAGAAGCCUAUUUGCUUCAAGGUUGGAUAAGUCCAAGUCGGUUGAAUAAGGUUGCUUGCUUGAUUGAUUCCUAUCUAAUAGAAAUAGCUUUAGAUUUUCGUCUGAAACCUUCCACAUUCGCGGCAUUACUGUCAGUGCUUCCAGAUUCUGCAAGAAAAACUAGUGACAGACAAUACCAAGCCAUUGACUUAUACAUUGAGGUCCAUACUCAAUUAAAGGAAGAAGACAAGGUUAAGUUAUAUUCUGCACUGAAUCAAACAAAACUAUCGGCCGAAGCUUCGCAAGCUCAAACUUACAAGGUUUACAUUACGCAGCAAUCCAAGCAUAGUAGCUCAAUCAUCAAAUUGUUUAAUGGUAAGUUAAAGAAAAAUGGUAGAGAAGAAGCUGAGCAAGUCCUUUCUUUCACAAUAAAGCAAGAACAUUCAAGGGAAACUGGGAAUCUUGAAACACACUUGCAACAAAUGCAGUUGAGAGUUGCAGAACUUGAAAAAGUUUGUCCAAUGAUGGAAUCCCACAUGCCAAAUGUAGCGGAACAAAGAUUGUGUAAAUCAGGUAAAGUUAGAUCGUUGCCAAAACUAUGUUCAUGAUAGAAAAUUAAUAUAUUAAUUAUGUAUAUACGUAGAUUUUGCUGUUUUUCCAAGUACAACCUCUUCUAACAUAAGAGACGGGAAUUCCAACCUUAAUUGUCCAUCUUCUAAUACAAAUUAGAGUGGUUAAUUAAGCACAAUAUUGUCGUUUUACCUAUUGGAAAAAAUCAACACAAAGUGCGCAUCUAUGUCUUCCUUUCCCAAAACCAAGAAUAAUUAAGAGAUAAAUGGAUGUUUCUGAAGAAUAUCUAUACAGACUGCUGAGCCUACUCAGAGCCGAUUGAGCCAGCGAGCUAUGCGGGAAAAGGCACGCUCAUUUGAGAAAUCCGAAGCCCAAACUGUAAUUAAUGAGGUUUCAGAAACCAAAGCAUUUUCUUACCAUACAUUAGUGUUCUUGUAAACGAC